AUGUGCGACGUCAGCACAGAAGAGCAAUUGCUAGAAUACGCCAAGAAAGCCGCUGAGACAGGAGUUCCAUUGAAAUUCGAAUACAAAAAGCAUAUCGGUUUCUUGAUUCGACAUCUCAACGUUUUCCCCGAACCCUACAAUACACUAGAAACUAGUCGAAACACCAUCUUCCUAUUCGCAAUCUCUGCGUUGGACUUGCUCGGCGAGCUAGACAAUCUUUUGACUCCAGAACGUCGUCAAGGGUACAUUGAUUGGAUUUACGACCUCCAGCUUACAAACGGAAAUGUCUGUGGAUUCCGAGGAUCUCAUUCGUGUGAAGGCAGUGAGUAUGACGAAGCAAAUCUGGCUCAAACCUACAGUGCACUCUUAUCAUUGGCUAUCUUGGGAGACGAUUUGAAGCGAGUUGAUCGGAAGGCAAUACUGAAAACUGUCAAGGAGUCUCAAAGGGAUAAUGGAUGCUUCUGGAGCCAAGGAGUUGGUUCAGAAUCGGAUAUGAGAUUCGUGUUCUGUGCAGUGGCGAUAUGUAAGAUUCUGGAUGGAGAGAAAGAGGAUAUCAUCGAUUGGGAACGAUUAUCAUUGUUUCUAAAGAAAAGUCUCAACAUUGACGGAGGUAUCGGACAGGCGCCCGGAGAUGAAAGUCAUGGUGGAUCCACGUUCUGUGCUGUUGCUUCGCUAGCUCUUGCUAAUCGCCUGUGGACAGAAGAAGUGCUUAGUCGUCGAGACAUUGAUCGUCUCAUCCGAUGGGCUAUUCAGAAGCAAAACGUUGGAUUUCACGGAAGAGCUCAUAAGCCAGAUGACAGUUGUUAUGCGUUUUGGAUUGGUGCCACUUUGAAAAUUCUCAAUGCUUAUCACUUGAUCUCCAAACCUCAUCUUCGUGAGUUCCUCAUGAUCUCCCAGCACAUGCACAUUGGUGGAUUCUGCAAGUAUCCGGAACCUGGUGGUUAUUCAGAUAUUCUGCACACCUACUUCUCCAUUGCUGCUCUCUCCUUGCUCGGAGAGCCAGCUCUCAACCCUGUCCACCCGUCGUUAAAUGUAUCAAUGAGAGCUGCAGAUCAUAUCGCCAGAAUCCGCUUC